AUGCAGCUUUCAAUCAAUCAUCGAUUGUUAAAAAACAAUUGCAUAUUCUUUUUUGGUCUGUUUUUUAUUGUUGAAUUUAUUUAUGUGACAUUUUUAAAAAUAUCUAAUUCCGAUUCAUGUGACAUUCAACUUUCUACGUUAAUAAUACCGAAAAAUAGUAAUAAAAAAAUCUUUGAACAUAUUCAACCAUUCUAUUAUCCAGUAUCGUGUCAAAAUUUAUUUGAAAGCGAUCCGGACGAAUUAAAACAUGCACUUGCUCUCUUAUCCAGUGCAAAAUAUUUACCUGUAAUUGCUGAUAAUCAAUAUAACAUAACAUAUGAACAAUGCCAUAUCUAUCGUUCAGAACGUUUUAAUGAAUCAUUUCAUCUCGAAGAUACUUCAAUUAAUCGACAAUUUCCAUUAGCAUUUAAUAUUCUCAUGUAUGAAAAUGUUGAACAAUUUGAACGUCUUUUACGUAUUAUAUAUCGUCCACAAAAUUUUUAUUGUAUUCAUGUUGAUAGCGAUGCAUCAUUGAAUGUAUUUGAAGGUGUAAAAUCUAUUGUACAAUGUUUUAGUAAUGUUUUUCUAUCAAGUAAACGAGAAAAAGUUCUCUAUGCAACAUUUUCAAGAUUACAAGCUGAUCUAAAUUGUAUGCAAGAUUUAAUUAAAUAUCCAUCAUGGAAAUAUUUAUUAAAUAUUGCGAAUACAGAAUUACCAUUAAAAACAAAUAGUGAAUUAGUUAAAAUAUUAUCAAUUUAUCGUGGAUACAAUGAUAUUGAAGGACGAUGGAAAACAAGAAUUAUUUCACGAACUAAAUAUGUUUGGAAAAUAAUUAAUACGACAAGUACUUCAUAUCUAUCUCAUUUACGGCAAACCAAUGAAAACAAGAAACCACCACCAGGUAAUAUUGAAAUUGUUAAAGGAUCAGCAUAUGCAAAAACUGAUCCAACAGCAUGGACAGCUCGUUUUGUUAUUUGGGGUAAACGUGAAUGUCAUGGGCCUGUAGUACAUGGUAUUUGUAUACUUAGUACAGCUGAUUUACCAACUCUAUAUAAUCGACAUGAAUUGUUUGCAAAUAAAUUUCAUUUAAACGAUGAUCCAAUUGUUUAUCAAUGUUUAGAAGAACUUCUAGUUAAUAGAUCUAAAGUUAAUUUAUUGUUAAAAGACGCAGCAUUUUAUCGUCGAAUGCCAUUUUUAUUACCAUCUUAA